AAUCACCAAUAAAUUGCCUAAAAAGUCCAGUGCCGUAUCCGUUAUACACAAUGACCACCGCCGAGAUCGCCAGCAGCAGCUCAACUUCCAACUCCACGGGCCAGCGAGGUGUUAGCCGUGUACUUGCCAAGUUGUCCCAUUCUUUGGCCGGGGGGGCUUUCUACGAAGCGCACAUGAUGUACAGAACGUUAUAUUUUCGUUAUACGGCGCAGAAACGCUACCAGGACUGCCUGGACUUGCUUUUUGACGGGGCCCAGAAGCUGAUUGCCAAGCAGCAGGAGGGUAGCGCGGCUGACCUGUGUCUAUUAUUGGUGGACACACUCGAGAAGAGGGGGCCACUGCCUGAGGACACCGAAAACCUCCUCUGGGUGCCACGCUUGGGCACCCUCAUACAAGGUCUUAGCUCAGGCAUAGUGGAGCGUGAGACGCUGAUUCAACGCGCCAUCAAAUGGAGCAUUUCUUUGCACGGACAGUACGGACACCCGGUCUUGCACAAGCUCAUUGCACACGUUUUUUGGACGGAGGGCAACAUAGAGUCGGCCCGUCACCAUUAUCUGCUUUGUCAGGACGGCAGUCUCUGUGGUCGAGUUUUGAUUGAAAUCAGCCAGAGCCGAGGGUUCCAAAGCGAGGUGGAUUUGUUUCUGGUGCAAGCAGUCCUUCAGCAACUGUCGCUGAAGGAUCGCAAAUCCGCCGAGGACACGUUCAUUGAGUACACACGCUAUCACCCUAAGCUACUGAGGCACGAGUUUCCCUAUAAGGAGCCACUGGUCAACUUUUUGUACUUUCUGUUUCGCUUGAUCGAGACAAAGAGUGUGACAGGCUUUCGUUCCCUGCGAAAGCUCUACGAUCCAUCGCUAAAGCGCGAUACAUCAUUCUUGAAGUACGUAACGAAAAUUGGAGUCAUCUACUUUGACGAGCAGCCGGAGACAAAUGCCGGCCCUCCCGGAUUGGGUGGGAUGUUCGGCGACAUAUUCAGUCGGAUGAUGCAAGGCUUUGACGAGGAGGAUGCGGAAGAUCAGAGCACGCCCCAGAGAAGGCAGAACGUUAACGAGCUCGACUAACAGCAGUUCCAGCUGCAGCUUCGUCACGAAUGGCAAUGGAGAACUUCUUGGUUCUUUUUAUUAGUGGGCGCUUUUAGUCAACGAGGUUCAUUGGCGCUAUUUCACCGGACUAUUCUUUUCCUUGUUAUAAUUUUAAUAUACUGUAACGAAUGGACAUUUAGUAGACUGACUAUUGUUGUCAUGUCGGAUAAUAUGGAAAAUAGUCAGUCUUAGCUAGAAGUUGUUUGGAACAACUCAUUAAU